CAAAAUACUUAUCAAUUUUCGGCAUGGUUUACGUGUUUUCUUAUGAAUGUUUACUUGUUCUAUGAAUUUAUGCGUUUAUAAAUAAACACAAAAUUUAGGAAACUUAUUAAAUAGUAACAUGGCUGUACUUAUUAAGGAUGUUACACUGACAGAUAAUUUUCCCUCAGAUCUACUAUUAGAAAAACAUCACAAUUAUAUAGCAUCUUAUAGUAACAAAAAAGAUGAUUAUGAGUAUUGCAUGACAGAAUAUCUGAGAAUGAGUGGUCUUUACUGGGGACUUACAGCAAUGGAUUUAAUGGAGAAAUUAGAUGUUCUCAGUAAACAAGAAAUUCUAGAUUUUAUACAACAAUGCCAGCAUGAAUGUGGUGGAUUUGGUGCAAGUGUAGGUCAUGAUCCUCACUUACUAUAUACAUUAAGUGCAAUUCAGAUUCUUACAAUAUAUGACUCAGUGGAUAUUAUUAAUGUUGGUAAUGUUGUUAAUUAUGUGAAGAGCCUACAAAAAGAAGAUGGAAGCUUUAUGGGAGAUAAAUGGGGAGAAGUAGACACAAGAUUUUCAUUUUGUGCAGUGGCUUGUCUUGCAUUAUUGGGUCAUGUUCAAGCAAUCAAUGUUAAAAAGACUGUAGAUUUCAUCUUAUCAUGCAUGAAUUUUGAUGGAGGAUUUGGAUGUCGACCAGGAUCAGAAACUCAUGCUGGACAAAUUUAUUGUUGUUUGGGUACACUUUCCAUACUUGGUCAUUUACAUCAAGUUAAUUCCAAUCUGCUUGGAUGGUGGCUUUCAGAACGCCAACUUCCUUCUGGUGGAUUAAAUGGGCGUCCUGAAAAAAUACCAGAUGUUUGUUAUUCUUGGUGGGUUUUAUCAUCAUUAAAAAUUCUUGGUUGCCUUCAUUGGAUUGAUAAGGAUAAACUUAUUCGAUUUAUUCUUGCCUGCCAGGAUGAAGAAACAGGUGGAUUUUCUGAUAGGCCUGGAGAUAUGGUGGAUCCUUUCCAUACACUGUUUGGAUUAGCAGGAUUAUCACUUUUAGGUGAUUCUCGAGUAAAACCUGUUAAUCCGGUAUUUUGUAUGCCACAGUAUGUCAUUGACAGAGUUGGUAUUAAAAUUCAGCUACUAAAUAUAUAGUAUCAAGUUAGAUAUUUUUAUUUUAUUAAAACAUCUGACAGAAUACAGAUGAUUUUCUUUCUUAAUCAAAUUUGUUUUUUAUUGAAGCAUAAUCAAAUUUAAGUUAAAUCACUUGAAUCUUGCCUAAUGUUUGCAUAUUAAAUUUUAAUAUGAUGUGAUGAAAAGGUGAUGUUCAUUUUGUAUAUGAUGAUUUAUUUUAUAUUACAAAUUUUGUUUAUUUGAUAAGAAUGAAUAUAUUUAAAUGAAUUGAUGUAAAAUAUUAAAUUUGAAGAUUAUUUAAAACAGUUGUAAAUAUUUUUUGAAAAUGUGACUUAUUUAGAAUUGAAAACUGCUAUUUG